UUUGUUUGUUUGUUUGUUUUGUUUUGUCGUUGUGGCGAUGAAUCAGGUUACGGUUAUUAUUGUCGUUGCUGCAGCUGCGUCGUGUCUGUGUUUCUCUGCAUCUGUGCGUGUGCAUGUGCUUGUGUAUGACUCAGGCCGCAACGACAGUAUCGGCAGCGUUGGAUGAGUGACAGGUUGUAAAAAAAAAAAAAAAAUGGGGUAAAAUUAAUAAGAAAUCGCAGGGGGAGGCGAAAAAAAAAUCCAGAUUUCUCCGAUCGAUCAGAAAUCAGCUGUUUUGUCGCAUCAGGCGCGCUCCUGCGAUAACACGGAGCGCGUGCACGCGUGUGUAAGAUGGCAGCCGCAGGAGGUGGAGAAUGGUGGUGAGGAUGGAGAGAACAGCAUAUUAAUUCACUGAUCAGACCAAAAGUCCCUCAUAUCGGUUUUCAUAACAUAAUCCCAAACUUCUGGGACUAUUUUAUUCAGAUGUUUAACUUAACAGGUCAACAAUUAGGCCUUCAGUCGAAUAAUACAUUUUCCUUCUAUGCGUUUUUCUGUGCCUGUCCUCAGAUGGUGGCUCAGGGCCAGUUCCGGAUCCUCAAAGUUCCCUUGGGUUUUAUCAAGAUUCUACAAUGGUUCUUUGCCAUCUUCGCCUUCUCCACCUGUGGCAGUUAUUCUGGAAUGUUCAGGAUGUCAGUGGAGUGUAAGAACCGGACCGACAGCGACCUGAGCAUUGAGGUGGAGUUUGAGUAUCCAUUCAGACUCCACCAGGUGUACUUUGAUGCCCCCACCUGUAAGAAUGGGAACAUAGAGCGCCUCUUCCUGGUGGGCGACUACUCCUCCUCAGCUGAGUUCUUUGUGACGAUUGGUGUGUUCGCCUUCCUGUACUCCAUGGCUGCGCUCAGUGUAUAUAUCUUCGUCUUUGACAAGUACAAGGAGAACAACAAGGGCCCUAUGAUUGAUCUUGGAGUAACUGGAGUUUUUGCCUUCAUGUGGCUGGUGAGUUCGGCUGCGUGGGCCAAAGGUCUGUCUGACGUGAAAACAGCAACUGACCCCGACAAAGUCGUUACACUGAUCGCAGCCUGCGACGCAGAGGAGAACCGCUGCCGUGAAGUCCAUGAUCCAGUCAUGUCUGGACUCAACACUUCCGUGGCCUUCGGCUUCAUCAACCUAGUGUUGUGGACAGGGAACCUCUGGUUUGUCUUCAAGGAGACAGGUAUUAUUGCUCCGUUCAUGCGGCCACCUCCUCCUCCUCAGGAGAAACCUGCUGCACCUGACGCCUACGGCCAGCAGGGGGCCUAUGAACAGGACCCGUAUGCCAGCAACCAGGGUGGCUACCAGCCUGACUACAGCCAGCAGGGAUACAACCAGGAGGCAGAAUAUGGUCAGAGUUAUGGACAGCCGGGGGCACCCACCUCUUUCUCCAACCAGAUGUAAAGGGACAGAAGCAUUGGAGUAAACCAUGGAGUGGUUCCCCUGCACCCUACCAACAAUGCAACACUCCUGCUCGUGGGGUGAGGGAGGGUGAGGAUGUGGGUAUCUAGAUGUUUAAUAUAAUGGGUCAAUGAUUAAAUGAUUAUUUUAAAAAAAGAGUUAUCGACAAAAGAUUCACAACUUGAACAGAGAGAGAGAACAUCAAAAACGAGAAAGCUGACAAGUCGAACCAUGUUAAGCUUCGUUAACUUUGUGGAACGGAAUGUAUGUUUGUGUUGUAUAGUAAUCACUUAAAAUAUAAUAUAUAUAUACAUAUAUAUGUAUGUGUAUAUAUAUAUAUAUAUACAAUUUAGGGAUGUCUGAUAAUAUUGCCUGACCGAUAUUAUCGGCUGAUAUUAGCAUAUUAGUUAUGUAAUAUCUGUAAGAAUCGUUAUCUGGGUUUCACCAUAUAUGCUGGAAUUGCUUGUGAGGUACUGAGACGUUUUGUUACUGCAGUUUUGGGAAACCUACUGCAUGUAUCGGUGUCGGAAAUUAAGUGUUUGGACAACACAGUGGACUCCCUUAGAUACAAAUUGAAUCUUCGACAGCACUGGUGUCUCGAUCCACUCGUAUCUAGAUUCGAUUUUUUUUUUUUCCCCAAUAAAAAUAACCAAAAGCCAAAUAAAUUCAUUCCAGCGCCCACCCCCCCAGAAAUAUAUAAUUAACCUUCCCUAAUCUAAACAUCAAAAACAUAGAUAUAAUCAAAUAUAUUGAUAAUAUAAAAUAAUUAUAAUAAGGAAAACAUUUUAUAUUGUUGUUAGAAAAAUGGGUAAAAUAACCAAGCGAGUGACAGGGAAGCGCGACGGCGCCACAGUGUUGGGACCACUAAGCCUAGGAGAAGGACCGGGACUGGGAGUGAGGACUUGAUUCAGAUGAUAGAAAGAGAGAGAGAACGAAAGAAAGCGAUAGGUAAAAUGACCAAGCGAGGGACAGCGAGACAAAGAGACGGGGCCUGUAUGAACCUGUAUGCGUGGGAUUUACAAAUUUGGGUGGGAAAAAUGGAGCUUGGUUGAGCGCUCAAAACUAGAUACAGUUACCCCC